AUGAACAGCCACGUGUAUGGAGAUCCCAACGACCCUGUCAAAGUUGCAGUCGUGCAAGCCGAGCCUUGUUGGUUCGAUAUCGAAGCUGCAACUGUCAAGACAUGCGAACUCAUAACCGAAGCGGGCGCGAAGGGUGCGAAGCUUGUAGCGUUUCCAGAGCUCUGGAUUCCCGGAUACCCCAACUUCAUCCAUGCCAAAGCAGCCAAGGAGACUAUGAAUUACAACCUCAAGUAUUACCGCAACUCCAUCGAUGUCCGGUCCCAUCACAUGGAGCGCAUCCUUCAGACGCCCAUCGGCCGAAUCGGUGGCCUUCAAUGCUUCGAGCACCUGCAACCUCUUCUAAAGUACAAUACAUACUUUCAAGGAGAACAGAUUCAUGUUGCCUCAUGGCCAAAUCUCUUCCCUCCAGUCGGCAAAAUGCCCUUCUUCAAUACCGUCGAAUCGUGUAUGAUGGCUACCCACACCCUCGCCGUAGAAGGCGCAACAUUCGUUCUUCUCGCCUCAUCAACUCAGACAGAGAAAGGGCUUGUAGCCAACGGGCUUGUGGAUGAGAGUGAACAUGCCGGUCAAGGGGAAAAGCCCCACACGGCGGUCGUAGGUGGUGGAUUUUCCGAGAUCAUCGCUCCGGAUGGGCGCGCGCUGGUGAAGGCGCCUAGCCCUACGUUUGAGGGUCUCCUCUAUGCAGAGCUCGAAUUUGACGAAAUCUACAUCGCAAAGAGUAUUGUCGACACGGUGGGGCGAUACUCACGCCCUGAUCUUUUUACUCUACAGGUCAGGAGCAAACUCAGGCGCCAAUGUGAGUACGACGAAACAAGCGAUAUUGGUCAUGUAUCAAGGUUUCCCGAUCUCCCGAUAGCAUAA